AUGGGCACUGUCCAAACUAGCCACGUUGCGGUCGACCAUGGUCUUCGCAAAGACAAACUCGGGGAGUGCAAGGGCGCCAUCGAGGACUACGACAGGGCCAUCCAGCUGGACCCGAACUACGCAUUUGCAUUCAACAACCGUGGACUUUCCAAGCAAAAACUCGGGGAUUGCAAGGGCGCCAUCGAGGACUACGACAGGGCCAUCCAGCUGGACCCGAACUGGGCAACUGCGUUCUACAACCGUGGACUUUCCAAGCAAAAACUCGGGGAUUGCAAGGGCGCCAUCGAGGACUACGACAGGGCCAUCCAGUUGGACCCGAACUGGGCAACUGCGUUCUACAGCCGUGGACUUUCCAAGCAAAAACUCGGGGAUUGCAAGGGCGCCAUCGAGGACUACGACAGGGCCAUCCAGUUGGACCCGAACUGCGCAACUGCGUUCAACAACCGUGGACUUUCCAAGCAAAUACUCGGGGAUUGCAAGGGCGCCAUCGAGGACUACGACAGGGCCAUCCAGUUGGACCCGAACUGCGCAACUGCGUUCAACAAGCGUGGAAAUUCCAAGUCACAACUCGGUGAGUGCAAGGGCGCCAUCGAGGACUACGACAGGGCCAUCCAGUUGGACCCGAACUGCGCAACUGCGUUCAACAACCGUGGACUUUCCAAGCAAAUACUCGGGGAUUGCAAGGGCGCCAUCGAGGACUACGACAGGGCCAUCCAGUUGGACCCGAACUGCGCAACUGCGUUCAACAAGCGUGGAAAUUCCAAGUCAAAACUCGGGGAGUGCAAGGGCGCCAUCGAGGACUACGACAGGGCCAUCCAGCUGGACCCGAACUACGCAGUUGCAUUCAACAACCGUGGACUUUCCAAGGACAAUCUCGGGGAGUACAAGGGCGCCAUCGAGGACUACGACAGGGCCAUCCAGUUGGACCCGAACUACGCAUUUGCAUUCAACAACCGUGGACUUUCCAAGGACGAUCUCGGGGAGUACAAGGGCGCCUUCGAAGACUACGACAGGGCCAUCCAGUUGGACCCGAACUGGGCAACUGCGUUCUACAACCGUGGACUUUCUAAGCAAAAACUCGGGGAUUGCAAGGGCGCCAUCGAGGACUACGACAGGGCCAUCCAGUUGGACCCGAACUGCGCAACUGCGUUCAACAACCGUGGACUUUCCAAGCAAAAACUCGGGGAUUGCAAGGGCGCCAUCGAGGACUACGACAGGGCCAUCCAGUUGGACCCGAACUGCGCAACUGCGUUCAACAACCGUGGACUUUCCAAGCGAAUACUCGGGGAUUGCAAGGGCGCCAUCGAGGACUACGACAGGGCCAUCCAGGUGGACCCGAACUUUGCAAUUGCGUUCAACAACCGUGGAAAUUCCAAGUCAAAACUCGGGGAGUACAAGGGCGCCAUCGAGGACUACGACAGGGCCAUCCAGUUGGACCCGAACUUUGCAAUGGCAUUCAACAUCCGUGGAAGUUCCAAGGACAAUCUCGGGGAGUACAAGGGCGCCAUCGAGGACUACGACAGGGCCAUCCAGUUGAACCCGAACUUCGCACUUGCGUUCUGCAACCGUGGAAAUUCCAAGGAACAUCUCGGGGAGUACAAGGGCGCCAUUGAGGACUACGACAGGGCCAUCCAGCUGGACCCGGAGUUUGCACAGUUGUCAAGCCGCAUCACAGAACUGCGGGACAGGGUGUACGCCACAAGCACACAGAGCCUGAGGCGCUGGGUCGUGGUGGGUGCAGGUCCUGUGGGCUUGGCCUUGUCGCUGAAAGUCGCCGAUUCGAUGCAGGAACAGAGCUGGGACAGGGACGUUGCCUUCGUGUCCGUCUACGAGACGCGUGUGGAAGGCGAAGAGGGUCACUGGCGGCGCCGGGGCCGCCGGAGGGGGCAGGUGGUGACGCUCCAGGACGAUGUCACCGGGCUGUGGCUUCCUGGGACCUUUGAAGGUGAGAGAGUCUGGCCUUCCUCCUGCAACGUGGCAAUCCAGGACCUGGAGGACUCCCUGCUUCAAAAGGCGGCCAGGCACCCCUACAUCUGCAUCAAACGAACCCGGGCGGCGCAGACCCCUGCAGAGCAUAAAGAGUUCAUCGAGGCCCUGGAGGCCGACGUCGUGGUGGCUGCUGAUGGGGCGGCCUCGUUGAGUCGCCGGGCCUUCCCUGAGGCGUUUCAGAGCGAGGAUGCACCGGAGAGCACGGACCGCACGCGCCUGGGGGACACGAACGACAUCUACAACCCGGUGGAGUAUGCCCUAGGCGGCCCAUGA